AGGCGGCGCCGCGGAGAAGCGCACCAUGGCCUCGCCGGUGACCGCCCUGUUUCUGCCGCUGGUCCUUCUGCUCGACGCCGCCAAGGCCCAAACGCAGAAUAAGUUCCGGAUGUCUCCACAAAGGGUAGAGGCGACCCUGGGCAAGUCUGUGGAGUUGCAGUGCGAGAUGCUGCUAAACACCGGGGCGUCGGGCUGCUCAUGGCUCUUCCAGAGGCGCGACGCCUUCGCCAGCCCCAAAUUCCUCCUGUACAUCACCAACAGCCGGAUCAAGACGGCGGAGGGGCUGAACAGCGAGCUGAUCUCGGGUACCAAGGUCCCCCCUGACACCUUCAAGCUCACCCUGAGCCGUUUCCAGGAGGAAAACGAAGGCUACUACUUCUGCUCUGUCAUGAGCAACUCCGUGAUAUACUUCAGCGCCUUCGUGCCGGUCUUCCUCCCAGAAAAGCCCACCACGAAGCCAGCGCCGCGACCACCUACAGUGGCUCCCACCAACGUGUCCUUGCGUCCAGACACAUGUCGAACCUCAGCAGGCCGCGGAGUGGACAAGAUGUCGUCACUGGACUUCACCUGCGAUCUCUACAUCUGGGUGCCCCUGGCUGGACUCUGUUCGGUCCUUCUUCUGUCUUUGAUUGUCACCGUCAUCUGCAGCUACAGAAACCGAAGACGCGUGUGCAAGUGUCCUAGGCCCGUGGUCAGACUUGGAGGCAAGCCCAACUCUUCAGAGAGGUACGUCUAG